AUGAUUAGAGGAGAAGAAGAUUCAGUUUCCAUCCCAACUGAUCUCGUCGCCGAGAUAUUGUCUAGGUUACCCGUGACGUCAAUCGCUAGGUUUCGUUGCGUGUCGAAGCAAUGGGGGUCCAUGCUUAUCAGUCCAUAUUUCAUCGAGUUGUUCAGGACCAGAUCCUCGGGUUGGCCGCAUCUCUUAUUCGCCGUCCAACGAGACGACGGCUAUGAUUGGCACUUCUUCACGUCGCCUCAGCCUCAAAAUACAUAUGAGAAGUCAUCGCCUCUUGUAGUAACCGCUGAUUCGCCCAUGAAGUUUACUGGAGACGACAAAAAGCCUCUAUGUAUUGGUGGUCAUGCCUCUGGUUUGAUUCUUUUCUAUAGAGAUAGGGGGAUUGAUAAAUCUGCAGUGAUAUGUAAUCCUGUCACGGGGCAGUACGUAACCUUAGAUUUACCUGAAGGGAUGAAGUAUUGGAAACCCUUUUUAGGGUUUGAUCCGAUUGAAAAACAAUUCAAGGUAUUGCUCAUUAGCUCUCCUUACCAUGAUUACUACGGUGAAUUGGAAGAGUAUGAUAUACAAAUUUUGACCCUAGGAGCUGGAAACGAUUCGUGGAGGAAGAUCAAGAUCCAUUGUUCCUUAAACCAUUUUCCCAUGUAUGAAGAUGGGAUAUGCAUCAAUGGUGUUUUGUAUUACUUAGCAUCUAGGAAAAAAAAGGAUUAUUUACCUUGUCUUAUAGUUUGCUUUGACGUUAGGUCUGAGAAAUUCAAGUUUAUAAAUAGAGAUUUCCCUAGUUAUCAUGAUAAUACUCUGAUCAACUACAAGGGUAAGUUAGGCGUGAUUACUCGGGAAUUUAAGUAUUAUGAUGAUGGCAGGUGUGUUGGUCUUCCGCGUAAACUUAAGUUGCGUAUGUGGGUUUUAAAGGAUGUCGAGGAACCGGAACCGGAAUGGUCCAAAUAUGUCUACACUUCUCGGAACAAUCACCUCAUUGAUCAUGACUGCCACCUUUCUAUCGAUGAAAUGGUUGUUUCAGGUGUGACUGCCUCUGGUGAAAUUGUUUUGUCCAUGGACAAUCCUUAUAUCUCUGAACCUUUUUAUGUUUUCUACCUCAAUCCCGAAAGGAAGACUGUUAAAAGUGUUGAAAUCAAAGGUUUUGGAGGUAACCAUUUUGACUUUCACGGUGAAGCCAAGUAUCGUACUGUUAAGAUCUUUGUGGAGGAUCUUAACUUUAUCAAUAUGAAAACGGCGUUUGGAGAUGCUACGACGUCUAUAAGCCCACCAGAAGAUGAGAAGCGUGAACCACCAAUCUCCACAUCAGCAUCAGCUAAAGCUCCGGUGGAACAAGUUGGUCGUAAGUUUAAGAGCAUUAACAAAUUUGAUUCUUUGUGUCUUUUAGAUGAUGAAUGA